AUGUCAUUCGUAUACGCGCUUAUAUUCCAAAUCUACACGCUCAACGCUAUUCUCUCGUCGUACAGAGCACUCAAGAAGAACAGCGAGCGUGAUAAGCGUGUCCAGCUGAGUGAGCGCCGUCGACAAAUAUCCUCGUGGCUCCAAAUAUGGAUAUGCUGGUUCAUCUGGCUCAAACUGGGCAACCUCGUCGACUACUUGCUCAGCUGGAUCUGGUUCUAUUGGCAGAUAAAGACUUUCAUUCUCCUCACUUUUAUUCUCACUAGCAGACAAUCUGCCAGCGCGCUUUUCAUCGACGCGCUCAAACCAACGCUGAUGCCCUACGAGUAUUAUGCGGAUGGUUUUUUCGCGCUGCUUGAGGACACGCACGCGAUUGGGAUGUGGGUGCUGACUGAUAUCAUAUACCGUGGCGUUAGGGAUAACUUAGCUGACGUGGGUGUUCUGAGACACUACCUGAAUCUCGCACCGGCGACAACAACAGCACCAGAAGCAGAAGCAGGAGCACACCAUCCACCCAAUCCCAAGAAGAAGGUCGUGCGCAGGCCAACAGGACCUAUUAUCCGCCAGCGCAAGAACAUGAUAGCCAAUUCCCAAAAAUCACAGAACACACAAAGCAAAACAGGGCGUCCGAGUGUCGUGCUUAGACGGCCGCAGUCUGCGAAAACACCUGAACUCACACCUGCACCCGCGCACAGCGGCAAAGAAGAGGACGCAGCGCUCAUCAACACCAAACCUACUUUCAUGAGUACUCCCAAGGCCAAAGCGUUACAUGCGAGUGGAGAUAAUGUUCUUCACGCACCUCACGCACCCGACACACUCCACUCUCCUUACAUACCAGGCAGGCUUCCUCACACUCCGCCAUUUGUGCGGCUGACGAGGUCGCAGACGCGUGGAAAUGCAAAUGCAGCAACAGCACCAGCACUAACAGCUACAAGCGGUGAUAAGGGUGGUGAUUCUAUAAGCAGUAGUAGUAGUAGUAGUAGUAGUAGUGGCAGCGAGGAGGACACACCGCCAGCACCUCCUCACACCCAUAGCAUAGCCAACAUGGAUAGGAAGCGCAACGCUUCCAGUGCCUCUCUUAAGAGUGCGAGCAGUGCAAACAGUGCGAACAGCGCCAAGAGCGCGCAGAGCAACGAGCAGCCGUCAUACACAGUCCUUCGACGCGCUGACCCGAGUUCGAAGACAAGUGGGAGUGGGAGUGGGAGUGACGGCCAGAACAGCGGCAGUGACAGUGACAGCUCGAAUGACAAUGACAGCGACAGCUCCACAGAAAACACAAAGAUGCUCGAUCAAAACGAAUUAGCCACAACGCACACCCGCACCUACUCUUCAACCGCCGAGAACAAAAAACUUACAUCCUCAAAUAUACCACGCAAGAAACGCAUUGUAACUUUGCGCAAACAAGUAAAUACAAACGCCAAACCAAACACGAACACAAACACGGACGCACAAACACAACCACACCCUCCACGCAGACAGGCAGCUACACGGGGUAGAGGACUGAGACGACCUCCUAUACGCGGCAGAGGGCGCGGACGAGCCACUUGA